ACGGUUUAUUUUAUUAAAAUUAUCUAACAAUAAAAUCAGUUUUUAUUACAUAUUUUAGAUGUAGUUAAGUGUUAAAUUUAUUUGUACUGAAAAUUGAUAGCCUUUGCUCUUUUUUAUUUCAAAAACAUACAAACAUAACCUACAAUUUUGCGGAAUCUUGGGUCCUUUUCUUUGCACCGCGUCACAAAUAUUCAGUAAUAAAUAUUGAACUUUUCUUCAAGUAAUAAUUUUAUAUUUUAUUUUUAUAAUUUUUAUAAUGUAUGUUCUAAAUGGAAUUUUUUUAUUAUUUGUUGAAAUUAUAAUUGCAACAAUAUCAUGUCCCUAUUUAUUUUAAAUUGGAAUUACUUACCUCUGGAACAACUUAUCACUCUCACUGCUCUCAGAGUCACUGUCUUGGUCUUCACUAUUAUUUUCAAUCACUACUAGAUCAUCUUUCUCUAAUUCUCUGUUUACAAUUCGCCGAAAAUGACGCUUGGAAUAUCCACAUUGAAGGGAUGCUUUUCUUUUAAAUGAAUCCAUUUUCUCAGGAUAAAGUUUCGGAAGUCACAAAAUAUCACUCGGAAAAAUGUCACUAAAGAAUAUAUUACUUCUUUUUGUUAUUAAGAUUAACUUUGAACUAACAGACAUAUUAAACAAACCAAAAAUUUGGAAAGAAUCACGUACGAAAAACACGAACGCAUGCAUAACCAGAAUGCGUUUGUUUUCCAAAAAUUUUCGUCUGCUAUAGUAGAAGAUUCUAUAAGAUUCUAGAAAAAACGUCACUUCCUCUAAUCCCAUUCCGAUGUUUAAAAAAUUGUUCAAUUAUUCAACUGUAUUUUACAAAAUAGAAAACAUUUUAUUUUCAUACAUUUACAUAAAUAAUCAUUGUAAGAAAUAUAUAAAAUUGUUUAAGAUUUUUAAGAACUUAAAAAUAUUAUUACUACAAGAUAAUCCAAUUAAAGUCGCAAAAAUAAAUAAUAGACACAUGGCAACGUCGCUGACACGAGAAAAAAGCCGGCCGGUAAGAGGACUCACGUGUUUUGUUUUCGAUCGCGUCAUACGUGAUCGCAGUUUAUACGGGCUUCUUCUAUUGUUUUGUGCAGUUGUGUGAAAAUUGAUAAACUUAAUCAUGUGCGACUUUGCAAUUGUAAAUUUUGAAGACGGGAUGGCCAUCAUUAGAUCCAGUUGGGCAAUUAGAGACGAAAAGGGAAAAAUAAGUUCCAGUUAUUACUCGAUGGGAAAAAAUGCAAAUUCCGUCGUUCGCCAUCUUUUGUCUAGAGAAGAUGUAAAAAUAUCAAUUUCGAAGGGAGGCUGGAAAAUUCUGCCCGUCGAACAUUUAUGCGAUGCAAGUUCUUAUGAGUUAGCGACUCAAAAGAUUGAUGUGUUAGGAAAAUUGUCAGACAUAGAAAGUGAUGAUAAUAAAAAUCUCGAAAAACUGCGCAAGACGAGACAUCUUAGAUGCGCAAAAACAUUUCAGGAUUUUGAAACCGCCGUCGAUGCUGCAGUGCAAGAAAAAAGGAUGCCUUUCAAAAAUAUAAAAAAUAUCUUCCAGUCGCGGAUUAAGAAGGAGAACGAUAGACAGAUGAAGAAAUCAAAUCUUGAAAAUGAAGAUUCUCAACGGAUUGAAAAUGAAGUACCAAAAGGUAUAGAUAACUCUAAUAUUGGAGGCACAAAGGCAACAGACUUACUAGAAGAAGACACAAUUGAAGCAGAGGCAAUGCAGAAGAGUUUAAUUUCGGGAAAUCCUAUAAAAGCAAACUCAAGCGGAGAAAAUACAAUAGAAACAGUCGAAAAUGGCGAAAAUGCAAUAGAAGCAGGUACAAGUGGAGAAAAUGCCAUGGAUGCAGGCACAAGUGGAAAAAAUAUAACAGACGCAGAAACAACUGAAGAAACUGCAAUGGAAGCAGACGCAAAUGAGGAAAAUACAAUGGAAGCAGUUUUAGAUCCGAUGGUACAGGAGAGCCAGGAAUUUGUGAAUAAUAAUAAUGGGACAGACAGAAAAUUGCUUAUGCAAAUUUCCAGAAAAAUCACAUCAAUGGGAGUUGUUUUAAAAAUCAUGAGCGAAAAUCAAUCGAAUCCUAUAGAAUCCACUAAUAUACUACUUGACGAUCCUGAAAUGAAAAUAUUUCCCGCCAAAAGUGUCGAGGAACUAAAUGAAAUUAAUAGAAAAUUAAAAAAAUCAAGUCGCCUGAGAAUUAAAGUAAAAAAUGCGCUAUUAUCGAUUGGAAAAGGAACAUCAAUAAAUACAACUGUAUACGAUUUGAUGAACAAACUUUUAACAUUGCAAUGUGGACAACUUUACACGUUUAAGGGAAGGAGUAACAAGAAGCCAUCCUUCGAAAUUUUAAAAUUAACUUCGAUAAUAUGUGAUGUAGUCGUGCAAAUGAUCCCGAAGGCAGAUAGGUCCGAUGUAAAGAAGGCUAUUAUAUUAUGGUUGAACCAAUGUAAAAAUAAGGAGAAACGUUUACAAACUGCCUUACAAAGACGCCAAGUGAAUGAGAGAGAUGUAAUGGAAUCUUCAAGCGAAGAUGAGGAUGAAUAAAAGGUUUUUAAAGAAGACGAAGGAUUCAAAUUUUAAAAAAGACUGCUUAAUUUUUAAUAAAA